AUGAAUACUGAUGGGGAUUGGAUUGAGGGGGAUGCCAUGACAAAUGUAAUCAUGGAUUAUUAUCGUGGAAUUUUUAACUCGAGUACUCCUGCUAUUGAUGAUGAGUUCUUUGGGAGUAUACACUCACGUGUGACAGGCAUACAGAAUGAGAAUUUACUGCGCCCCUUUGAAGAAAAGGAGGUUAAAACUGCAUUGUUUUCGAUGUAUCCUGAUAAAGCACCAGGGCCGGAUGGUAUGAACCCUGGUUUUUAUCAGCACUUUUGCGAUGUAGUGGGUACUGAUGUUUCCUCUUAUAUUCUGAAUUGUUUGAAUACUUGCUCAAUGCCUGAUAAGUUAAAUGAAACGAAUAUUAUCUUGAUUCCCAAGAAGAAAACCCCGGAAAUGGUUUCUGAUUAUAGACCAAUUGCUUUGAGUAAUGUCGUUUACAGAGUUAUGGCAAAGGUAAUUACAGCCAGGAUGAAACCAUUAAUGGAGAGUAUUAUAUCAGAAUCCCAGAGUGCAUUUAUAUCUGGAAGACUAAUUACAGAUAAUAUCUUGAUAGCUGCGGAAGUUGGCCAUUUUUUGAACAGGAAGCAGUGUGGGCUAACAGGUUGGGGAGCUUUAAAGCUAGAUAUGGCGAAGGCUUAUGACCGUAUGGAAUGGGCUUUUUUGGAAAGGAUGCUAAGGGCACUGGGAUUUGAUGAAAGAUGGAUAGAGUUACUGAUGAUGUGUGUAACCACUGUAUCUUACAGUGUAAUGGUAAACGGUUCGAAGACUGAUGAAAUAACCCCGACUCGUGGUUUAAGGCAAGCAAAUACUCAAGAGGCCGGUGUGGUAAAACGGUGUUUGUCGGAAUAUGAAAAAAUGUCUGGCCAGGCAGUUAACUAUCACAAAUCAAACAUUUGUUAUAGCAAGAAUACUCGUGCUGAAAUAAGAGAGGAGAUUGCUGAUAUGUUGGGAGUAGUGCAGGCUCAGAAUUUUGGAAAAUACUUGGGGCUUCCAUCAUUUGUGGGCAGGAAUAGAAAGUCUAUGCCUACCUUUUCAAUGAGCGUUUUUCUACUCCCUAUGACUCUGUGUACUGCCAUUGAACGAACCAUGAAUCGAUACUGGUGGAGAGCGAGAGAUGACCAGGGUAUUCAUUGGAAAGCUUGGGAUAAACUGUGUAUCCCAAAGGAAUAUGGAGGAUUGGGGUUCAAAGAGCUACGUGCCUUUAACCUUGCAAUGUUGGGCAAGCAAGCGUGGCACUUUCUGACACAGCCUCAUUCGUUGGUCUCAAGAGUGUAUAAGGCCAGGUACUAUCCCACCAAUUCUUUCUAUGAAGCAUGCUUGGGGAAUAACCCAAGUUUUUGUUGGCGAAGUAUUUUGGCAGCACAGGAUUUAAUUUGUGGAGGGGUUAGGCGCAGGAUUGGGGAUGGCAAAUCAACUUUGAUUUGGGAACACCCAUGGUUACAGGAUAUGAGUCACCCGAAAAUUGUAACAGAAAAACCACCCCAAUUGGCACAGGCAAAGGUGAUGGGACUGAUGGACCAACAGACAGGUACCUGGGACCAAGAGAUACUAGCUGAUAUUUUGGAUCCUGGGGAUGUAGAGCAAGUUCUAAAAAUACCUGUGUCACCAGAUUAUGAGGAUUUGUGGUAUUGGUAUGGGGACCCAAAAGGUGAAUAUUCGGUGAAAAAUGGUUAUAGAACAAUCGUGGGUAACUACACUCAAACGGUUGGGACCUUUGAUAAAUGGAAAGUAUUAUGGAAGCUUAAAGCCCCCCCAAGGUGGAAAACAUUUAUGUGGAGAGCUUUACAUGAUAUUUUGCCCACUACGAAGAAUUUACUUAUAAAGAGAGUUGAUAUUGAUCCAACAUGUGCCAUGUGUGGAAUUGGGCAUGAAGAUAUUGUGCAUUCGUUGAUCACAUGUGAUUAUUCGACAAACAUUUGGGCACAAUUCCACCUUCCAAUCCCAAAUAGUGUCACAAAUAUUUUCAGUGAUUGGUUUAAUGAUUUGAUGAAUACUUUAGAUAAUGAUGGAAUUAUUUAUGCAGUGGCACUCUUAUACUAUAUUUGGCGGGCAAGGAAUGGGGCUGUAUGGGAGGCAGUCUUACCCAGGCCUCAGAAAAUAAUUGCAAUGGCAUCAUCAGCUGUGAAUUCUUGGAAACAAGCCCAUCCUGGACUGCAAGUACUGGCCACUUCCUCAGCGGCACCCAGCCGGACUGCCACUGUGGCAGCAUCGUCCAACCGGACUGCCACCGUGGUCGACAGCCACGUAGCUACGCCGAACCCCACGGCAAAUCGCGUUAUUACUGCAGAGCUGCCAGCGCCGAUUAUGGACUCCCAACCCACACCACAUAUAAGGAAUCAAUGUUACUUCGAUGCGGCAUACGACCCACACACGAACAAAGCAGCGGUAGGAGCUAUUAUUCUAAAUUGGCAAGGACAUUAUAUUUCGGCUAUGACUGCCCCAAUGAUAAAUUGUUUCUCACCACUAAUGGCGGAAGCCAAUGCAUGCAAGGAAGUUUUGUCGUGGCUAAGAAACCGCGGAAUACAAUCUAUCGACCUCUUCACGGAUUGUUUGGUACUACAACAAUACCUAUCAUCUACGACGCACUCGUCAAGAUCGUACUUGGGAUAUGCCGUUGAUAGUUGCAGGACUAUUAUGUCGUCUUUUGAUUAUUGUUUACUUCAGUAUGUUCCUAGACUAGAUAAUUAUUUAGCUCAUACUUUAGCAUCUACUGCUUUUACUCAGACAACUAGUAUGUACUCGGAUUAUGAUCCGCCAGCAUCUAUUUCUGCAUAUUUUCAAUAA